AAACAAUGCUGUCUUCUGGAUCAUUCUGGAAACAAAUCCCGUCAAAGGAUUACCAACAAAGGCCAGGACUAGGCCAGCCCGAGCGUUUCACGGGCAUCCGUGGGAAUAGCUGAUGUCCGACAACAUACAUUCAGAUUUCUAUUUAUGGGAGUUACAUUCGCUGUAUCGACCCUGUCGCCUACGUUUGUUACUGCGGGCUUAUUUCUAGAAAAAGCGAAUCUGUCCAACACAGGCACUCUCUGUUAUGUGGAUGUUUUUUUGCCCCCGAAUAACCGGCAAUGCUUAUCAUCAGAAUGGGAAACGUACUGUCCAAAUUCCAGAAGGCCGUGGUGGUCGUGCGGACAAAGAACGAGGACAAUGUCAAAUUACGGUAUUAUUCCGUAUGGUCUAGUAUUAUGCACCAUUUAUGUGUCCUUGUACAGUUGCAUCGAAAUUGUAACAUGGAUUCGUCAGGGCCUCAACGGCGCAUUCUGACUCGCUCGGUUGGAUACACCGGGCGAUAAUGCUGUGCAACCUGCAGGCUUUAAUUGGAAAUUAGACCUAUUCCCCGGAUUUUCGAAUCUUA